AUGACGGCCUCCGGUCAGCCAGCCCUCAAUCCCCGAAGCUGCGUCACCUGCCGCCGACGAAAGGUCCGCUGCGACAAGCAAAUGCCGUGCAGCAACUGCCGCCGUGCCGUAAUCCAGUGCAUCUACCCGGCCCCUGGCCGCGCCCCUCGCCGUCCCAGACCGAAAGAUCCGAAUGCGCCGCCCAAAAACUCGAGCGAGCGCGAGGUGGAGCUCAUGAAGCGCCUGCGCAAGUUGGAGGGUAUCGUAGAGGAGCUCAGCGGCCAGAUCGAGGUCGAGAGCGGCACAGGGAGCAACAGUGGCCGCCAGAACUCGAGCACAGGGAAUUCGCCAGAGGCUUUUGGUAACGACCUGAGCUCCGAACGGGCCGGUAGCACUGCGAGCGGCGCUGCUGUCAUGAGUGCAUUCAAGGAGGCCGUGACGCCCAACAGGAUGGAGACGGACCCAGAACCCAAGAGGCCCGUAGAGAGGCAAGUAGGAGGCAUGAGCAGGUCGUUUGGCCGGCUUGUGCUUCACGACAAGGGCAAGACGAGCAGAUACGUGAGCAGCGCAUUUUGGUCCAAGCUCAAUGACGAACUUGACGAGCUUCGAGAAGAGACGCAUGCGUUGGAUCAAGAUACCGAUGAUUCAGAUGUUGAAGAUACACCAGACCACUCUCCAAUACAGGAUACCGACGCCGCGACAGACCACCAUGCUUUUAUCCUGGGAUAUCGGUCUUCCGAUGUCGACUUGCGCAAGCUACAUCCCUUGCCAUCUCAGAUACCCUUCAUGUGGCAGGUUUACCAGGAGAAUGUGGAACCGUUGCUCAAGAUCUUGCAUAUUCCAACCAUGGAGAAGCUCAUCCGCGACAUGCGACGCAAUAUCGACGAGCUGACUGCCGGUAACGAAGCACUGCUGUUUUCCAUCUACUAUGCAGCAAUUACGUCCAUGGAAGAUGAAGAGGUGGAGAAAAACUUUGGUUCAAAGAAGGAAGAAAUGCUCUCGCAGUAUCGCUUCGCUCUCGAGCAGGCACUCGCAAAGGCCAACUUCCUCAACACUUCCGACAUGGUGGUCCUCCAGGCUUUUGUCAUGUUCCUCACGCUGGUCCGCAGGGAGGACGAUACUCGAUUCUGCUGGACGCUGACUGGAUUGGCGAUCCGUAUCGCGCAAGGACUGGGCAUCCACCGCGACGGAACAAACUUCAAUCUUCCCCCCUUUGAGACCGAAAUGAGACGUCGCUUGUGGUGGGCUAUCUGCACCCUGGACCUUCGCUCUGCAGAAGAGCUUGGCAGCGAUCUCACGAUCAUCGACCGAUCGUUCGACACCGAACUGCCCUCUAAUUUGAAUGAUUCAGACAUUGAGCCGGGAAUGACAGAGGUUCCCAAAUCGCGCCUAGGCAAGACCGACUGCGCCGUAUCGCUGGUGAGAUACGAAAUCUGCGCAUUGUCACGGCGGUUGCACACGGUGGGAUCCGCCAUGGCUGGUGUCUGUCCAAAGGACGCCGCAUCGAGUCUUGAAGAGCGCGAGCGCAUGCUGAUCGAAGUUUACGACCGGGUUGAGGAGAAGUUCCUCAAGCAUUGCUUCACCGACGACGACCCCCUCUUCUGGAUGGCGGCCAUGAUCGCCCGUGUUAUCAUGGCCAAGAUGAGUCUCGUCAUCUAUCAACCGAUGCUGUUCCCUGGCAACGGCCACGAACUAUCCAACGAGAUCCGCGACAGGCUCUUCAUCUCUGCCAUUGAGAUCGUUGAAUACAAUUACAUCCUAAACACAGAUCCCCGCUGCAAGCAAUGGCGGUGGCUCUUCCAGACCUACCGACAAUGGCACGCGAUCGCCUACAUCCUCAUGGAAGGCGGACGUCGGCCAUGGUCAGCGACCUCGGAGCGAGGGUGGGAAGCUGUCAAUAACACGAUGCGAUUUGAUAGGGACCCGUCUGAAAUUUCGAGGAUGGCAGAUCAUAUGGCUGUAUGGGUCCCGUUGCGGAAGCUAAGUGCAAAGGCGACGAAGCACCGCGAGGCGGAGAUUGUCCGUCUCAGAGCCGACCCGGAAGCAGCACGCCAACUGGACGUGGACGAUCGUAUGAAUCCCAUCCCGGCCAGACUUGGACCGGUGCCCGGAAUGGAAAUCAAGCACCUGCAAAUUCGCACGCGCUGGCGGAACCUGGUACGGACAGACGGCGGCUCCAGCCCACUACCGCCGCCGGCAAACAACGUAACGCAAAAUCAACCCGUACAACAGCAGCAAAGCGUAGCGCCCCGAGGUCCGAUUCCCCAGCCUGCGAACCCGACAGUCCAGGCUCCGACGCCCGCACCGCAGCAGAGGGAACCCGAGUUCAUCGACACGGUGAUGAUGGCGCGUGGGUUCAAUCCCAACCACAUCUGGGAGUAUAUCUACCCGACGGCGGAGUCCAUGGCAGCCGACCCGAACAAUACGCUCUUCCCGCCCAGCGCCUCGCAGCCGCAAGCGUCGCAGUCCAUGAUGUCCUCGGCAGUGCCGUCACCCGCAAUGUCAACUGGACAGGGUCUCGAUAACGAUCAGCGACUCAAGCAGCAGGCCAUCGCGAUGCAGUCCCAACCUACGGUAGCGUCAUCUCUGGGGGACAACCAGCCUCCGUGGCUGUGGUCUGACCCAUUCACGUCCAUCAAUAAUGUCCCUGUUGACUCCAUGGACGUCAAUAUGGAUAAUUUGGAUGACUUUAACUGGCAGAAUUGGCAAGAGAGCAUCAAGGGAUUCGAGAUGGACCCGGAUAACAUGCCCCAGAAGGGAGCGUGGUAA